AUGGCCCCACACAGUACCGUAGACUAUGAGGCAUCUCACCCAAAUGGGUACCACAAUGGCAUCAAUGGCACGAAUGGCGUCAAUGGUGGUUCACCACACGUAACCAAUGGAGUUAAUGGGCAUGCCCAUCCCACAGCAGCUCUGUCACCCGAACCUAUUGCAAUCAUUGGAAUCGGAUGUCGUCUCCCAGGAGGCUGCGACUCUAGCACGACGCUAUGGGACCUCUUAGCGUCUGGGAGGUCCGCCCAAGGUCCAAUUCCAAAUUCCAGAUUCAACGUCGAUGGUUUUUACCAUCCUAAUGUAGAUCGUCCUGGUAGUAUGAACACCACGGGCGGAUACUUCAUUGAUGAAGACAUUCGUGGCUUCGAAAACUCAUUUUUUGGAAUCAAUAACCUAGAGGCCAUGUACAUGGACCCACAGCAAAGAAAACUUCUGGAGGUUGUCUUUGAAUGUCUCGAAAACGCAGGUGUCACAUUGGAGCAGGCUUCUGGGGCAAAUAUUGGCUGCUAUGUCGGAAACUUUGUUACCGACUUCAUCACUAUGCAGCUUAAGGACCCGGAAUACGUCCAUCGCUAUACUGCGACGGGUCUCGGAACGACAAUCCUAGCUAAUCGAAUUAGUCAUGCGUUCAACUUAAAGGGUCCCAGUUUCGUUCUUGACACAGCCUGUUCCUCGUCUCUCUACUGCUUACAUGUGGCCUGCUCAGCCCUUUGGGCUGGAGAGUGUACUUCUGCACUUGUAGCUGGGGCCAAUCUUAUUCAGUCUCCAGAUCAACAUCUGGGUACGAUGAAGGCUGGAGUUUUAUCCAAAACGUCUACUUGCCAUACUUUUGACUCUUCAGCCGAUGGAUACGGUAGAGCAGAAGGCGUCGGAGUUUUAUUAGUUAAAAAACUCAGCGAUGCAAUCAGAGAUGGCGACACAAUUCGCUCCGUUAUACGUGGAACCGCUAUUAACAGCAAUGGAAAAACAAACGGCAUAACACUCCCUAGCGCAGAUGGCCAGGAAGCUGUGAUACGAAAGGCCUACGACCAAGCGGGCCUUGAUUACUAUGGGACUCAAUAUGUUGAGUGCCACGGAACAGGUACUGCUGUUGGAGACCCUAUCGAAGUCGAGGCAUUGUCACGAGUUUUCCAGAGGCCGAAAGGCUCACCACUGCUCAUUGGCUCAGUCAAGACCAACUUGGGCCACAGCGAGGCUGCGAGUGGUAUCUCAAGUAUUAUCAAGGUCACACUUGCUUUGGAGAAGGGUCAAAUCCCACCUACGGUCGGUGUAAAACAGAUCAACCCAAAAAUCAAAACCGAUGAUUGGAAUGUCAAGAUCGUUACUGAGACUGCGGAAUGGCCGUGGAAUAAGCAUGACCCGAGAAGGUCUUUCAGAAGAGCGAGUAUCAACUCAUUCGGUUAUGGAGGUGCCAAUGCACACUGUAUCAUAGAGUCAGCCGAGAUGCACGUUCCGAGAGGCUACAAGAACUCUUCAGAAGCGAUACCGCUAGCCAGGACCACGAUGCUGUUGCCGUUCUCGGCAACAAAUAUUGAGGCGCUUAAGCACAGGGUCACCGAUCUGGCCAAAGUUCUGGACAGCCGUGUCAUCAGUACUGCUGAUGCUGCCUACACUUUGGGAACCAAGCGAUCGCAUCUUCCAGUCCGUGGUUUUCUGCUUGCCGGCCACACUUUACACAAGGAUCUGAGUAUUGAUAACUUACGAUUACCCAUCGAAGGCAAGUCGUACUCAAAGUUUCCUUUGGCAUUUGUCUUCACUGGUCAGGGUGCUCAAUGGGCUCAAAUGGGUUUCGAGCUUAUGGAAGAGUUUCCCAGUUUUCGAAGGAGCAUACAACGGCUAGAUUCGGCCCUCCAAACGCUGCCCCAUGCACCAACAUGGACUCUGCAGGGUGCUAUUCUCGAGCCUGCAGAGACAAGCACGAUCAAUCAAGCUUCGAGAAGUCAACCUGUGUGCACUGCUAUACAGAUCGCCUUGAUCCAACUACUGGCACAAUGGGGCAUUCACCCUUCCACAGUCUUAGGUCAUUCGUCAGGAGAGAUAGCCGCUGCCUAUGCCGCUGGUCAUAUAUCAUCAGAACAGGCGAUCGCGUUUGCUUACUAUCGCGGAUAUGUGGUGGCUAAGAGCAAGAUGGUUGGAGCGAUGAUGGCGGCCGGGUUAGGUCAAGCCGAAGCUACGGCCAAGAUUGAAGAACUUGGCCUAUCUACGAAGAUCAGAGUCGCUUGUGUUAAUUCACCAAGCAGUACUACCAUCAGCGGAGACGUUGAUGGCAUCAACCUGUUCAAGGAGGCUCUGGAUAGCAAUGGUACAUUUGCGAGGCUCCUGAAGACUGACGGCAAAGCAUAUCAUUCUCAUCACAUGACAGUGGUUGGCGAUGAGUACGAAAACCUUUUGGAAUCAGCUAUGCUCCACUUGGAAGACGGACCUUUGUUACGGUCCGAUGUUCGGUUUAUCUCCUCCGUCACUGGCAAUGUGUUUCAUGACUCGUUUGGUCCAGAUUACUGGAGGCGAAACCUUGAGUCGCCUGUCUUGUUCAGCAGCGCAGUUGAGCAGACUAUCAAGAUCGGGUCAUAUCAUAUGGUAGAGAUUGGACCUCACUCUGCACUGGAACUUCCCAUCAAGCAGAUUAGGUCACACUUGAACAUUAAUGAGAGCAAGGCCCAUUAUGGUUCUGUUCUAUCUCGCGGGAAGAACUCCAUCACUACCGUCUUAAAUCUCAUUGGCGAUUUAUAUCUCCAUGGACACGAGAUUUCGUUCAAGUCAGUGAACUUUAUCGACUCGUCUAUCCCGAAACGUAAAGUAUCGGGAUAUCAAGGUACCUUCCUUAACGACCUGCCCAAUUACCGGUGGAAUUACGACGAUGUGGUUUUCAACGAGCCUCGAGCCAGUGUUGAGUGGAGGACCCGCAAGCACAAGAGACAUGACCUCCUUGGAUCUAUGGUUCUGGGCGACGGUGGUCUUAUCAAGACAUGGCGAAACAUCCUGAAAUCGAAGGAUGUCCCAUGGAUUGAGGGGCAUAAGCUGGAUCAUACUACAGUUUUUCCUGCUGCGGGAUAUAUAGCCAUGGCCAUCGAGGCUAUAUCCCAAAUAACGCAAAACACGUCUCCGAGCAAGCCAGGCUUCAUAAUUCGCGAUGUUAAAAUCUUGAAGGCAUUUCCAUUGCCACAGGAGGAAAACAGUCCCGGCACAGAGCUUUUUACUACUCUCCACCCUGUUGAGUCAGAGACCGGGACAUGGCAUCAAUUCACUAUUAGUACGUUCGAUCUAGGUCAAGCGACUAUCCAUUCAAGUGGCCUAAUUAAGCUCGACGAGGCAACAACAUCGAUCAAGCGGAGCCUAGGAGUCGACGAGAAACUCAUGGAGCCCUCCGCCCCUCGAACCUGGUACAAGAGAUUCACCAAAGCCGGACUCAACUACCAAGACAAGUUCCAAUGUCUCACAGAGAUCCAGUGCCAUGGGAAGAGAGAGUUGAUGCACACGCACGCCAAGACAGGCUUGCUCCAAGGGGGUGGCGAAGGCCUGACGUCGGAGUCAGACUAUGUUAUUCACCCUGUCACUAUUGAUGGACUUCUCCAAGCUGGAAUCAUUGCCAGCACUGCCGGUCAGGUCAAUAAACUCGACGCCAAAGUCCCAGUUCAGAUCGAGCAGAUCAGGAUACACAGCCCGACAGUCCGUAGUGGAGAAACAAUGAGUGUCGACGCAAUCUCAGUCCCUAUGGGGUUUGGAACUAUCAAGAUCUCAGCUGAGCUCUACAAUGACGUCGGCCAAGUUUUCAUGCAGAUUGAUCAGUGCCGUGCGGUUGUCUACAAUAGUGGUACGCAGCAAGCUCCUGAAGAUGAAAGACACCCUAUGCUUCGGGUGCUGUGGAAACCGGAUAUCACAACCUUUGCGAGUGAAGAUCAAAUCACCUUCUCGAAUUUUAUCCAGAAGUUUGCUUCCACUUUUAAAGUGCAGGGUGGGCAGCCAGGCGAGAUUGGUAUCGCCGCUGCCUUAGAUCUAAUCUGCCACAAAGAUCCCAAGUUGCACGUCCUUAACCUUUGGCCCGAAGCUGAUGACUUCCUCACUGAGCUUUUGCGAUUGGAAACUCCAUUCCGAAGGAGCAAAGGCUACACUAGUGGGUUUAUCAAUGAAGAGGGAGAGGUAUUUUCACAGGUAGCACCCUCUUCUGGAGAGGCAGUGAAACCACUCCCGAUCCCCAAGGAUCAAGCCUUCAACGUCAUAAUAAUCUCAACGGCUCCACGCCCUUUCGACAAGGUCGUGUCCUUGCUUGCUGAUAAAGGCACUAUCCUUUUGAAUGGCACUGUUCCUGAGUCUGAACGUUUUGGAGGCCGAAAGUUUACAACACUUCAAUCUCAAAAUGUAGCUGACCAAAACGUCACAUUGGUGCAGCUUCAAGAAGAGUCGAGUAGCACGACUAAUGACUCCGAAAGAGACGUUUUCUUGGUUGAACGCGAUCCAGAUCAUGAGCUGAACACGCAACUUGCUCUUGACGUAUCUCGAUACACCGGGCGUCCAGUUCACCGCAUUUCUCUGGACAAGGUAACUCCAGCGGCCCUUGGACCUCGGGCCACCGUGAUAGCCACGGUUGAAUUACAAGAAGCCCUCCUCUCCAAUAUGAGCAGCGAGGAGAUGGCCCUCGUCAAAAACCUGACGGAUAAUGCAUCCGUUCUUAUUUGGCUCACUGGCGGCGGGCUCUUCGCGGGUGCCAAGCCAGAAUUUGCUGUCGUAUAUGGAUUAAGCCGGGCCCUGAUGCUUGAGCAGCCAUCGUUGCGGUUCUUCACCAUCGAUGUUGAUCCGAAGAAUAUCGACCUGAAGUCAACAGGCAGGAACGUCGUCAAGGUCUUACAACAAGUUUUGGAAAGUCCAGCCCCAGACUUCGAGUUUAUACAAGAUUCCGGAGCACUACACAUCAGUCGUUUUGUACCAGAUGAGACAUCGAAUCGAACUUUCCGAAGGAAACAAGGUCUCGAGAGCCUUCAUGCACCCCUAGCUGAAGUAAAACCGGGCAAUUUCAUCAUUGGAGCUCCUGGUCAACUCGACUCUAUUCUCUUUGAGAGUGAGCAACGUGACGAGGGAGAUCUCCCAUCCGGCCACGUUAAAGUAGAUGUCAAGGCCGUCGGAUUGACACCUCAGGAUUUGGACGUCUUCACUGGUGACUCUAAAGUGGCUGGAACGUCUAGCUCAUCUCAGUUCACUGGCGUUGUUACUGCCAUUGGAACAAAUGUUACUAGUUUGGCGCCCGGCGAUCGCGUUGUGGUCCUGGCCCCGGGGCGUUUCGCAACAACUGAGCAAGUGCCAGACUGGGCGUGUCAAAAGCUUGUAGAAGGUGAAGAUCUUACGAUCGUGUCAAGCAUCCCCGUUCCAUUUAUCACCGCUUUAUAUGCGAUUCACCACCAAGCACAUCUAGAAAAUGGAGACUCUGUUCUCAUCUCUUGCGGCACAGAAUUGGCGGGUGUGAUUGCAAUUCGUAUCGCACAGAAGGUCGGUGCUGAAGUCUUCGUUGUUGCUCCUGAAAACUUGAAGGCAGACCUGGUCAGCCUACAUGGGCUGUCACCCGACAACGUCUUCGAAACUGGGGACGCUGCCGUUCUUGAGAAGGUACUCCGCAAGACAGACGGCAAUGGCGUUGAUGCAGUCCUAGAUUUCAAUUCUCGGCAGCCUUUCCCAGACAGUUUGACUUUAUCCGCUGGAUUUGGCCGCCUGGUACGAAUUGGGCAGAAGGCUAAUACGAGCAACUUGUCUGCCACCUCCAAUGCAAGUCACAAGAACGUCGCAAUCUUCAAUCUAGAUAUAGCAUACCUUCUUGGCAUUAAGUCUUCCGCAGGAAGAAAAGUCCUCCAAAGGCUAUUUGCAGACGCCAUCGCCCUAUACCGCGAAGAUAACUUGCACCUCGAUGAGAACUUACAAAUCUUCAAUGUUGACCGAGUAGCGGACGCGUUCCGUAGUGUUGCAUCCAAAUCUGCCGGUGGCGUGGUAGUGUCGUUCCAGGUCGAAACAUCGGUAGUCAAGACGAUCCCCCUCAAGUACACCACCAACCUCAGCCCCGACAAGGUAUACAUCAUGGUCGGUUGUCUUGGUGGCCUCGGUCGAAGCAUCAGUAAGUGGAUGGUCAAGCGAGGCGCUAGAAAGUUCGUUUUCAUGGGCCGCACCGGCACAGAUCGAGCCCCGGCCCGACGACUAGUCGAUGACUUGAGCCGCUCUGGUGCGAAGGUGACUGUCAUUCGUGGCGACGUAGUCAAUUACGCAGACGUUGAUAAAGCCAUCAAGGCUGCGGACGGCCCUAUAGGUGGUGUCAUUCAGGCUGCAAUGGGACUUGAUGAGGCUCUAUUUACGACCAUGUCAAGUGAAUACUGGCACACAGGUCUGGCACCGAAGCUAACUGGUACUUGGAACCUACACAACGCCCUUCAUGGCCAAGAGUCCGAAUUAGACUUCUUCUUGAUGACGUCCUCAGUCUCUGGCAGCGUCGGCACAGCAACAGAGGGCAACUACUGCAGUGCCAAUUACUUCCUUGAUGUCUUUGCCCGUUACCGUCGCCAUCUUGGUUUGUCUGCUAUUUCCGUCGGGUUGGGGAUGAUCUCCGAGGUCGGCUACCUACACGAGAACCCAGAAAUCGAAGCCCUUCUCAUCCGGAAAGGUAUCCAGGCCAUCAACGAAGACGAGAUGCUGCAGAUAAUUGAUGUCUCUAUCUCAUCUAAGUGGACUCCAUUGGACGACUAUGACUCGUUGGCCCAUGCUCACGUCCUCACUGGCUUGGAGCCACUAGGGCUCAAGGAGCUGCGGGCAAAGGGUUUCGAGGGUACCAGUCCCGUCAUGGGCGACCCACGUGCAUCUCUCCUUUCUGCUGCUAUUGAUGACCAGGAUGACGGAUCCAACAACGCUGCCAACAGUGGAUUGCCGGCAGAAGUAGCUCAAGCACUGGAAUCUGGAGAGUCCCUUGAAAACGCCGUGCUCAAGGCUCUAGGCAAGAAGUUCUCGAACCUUGUUCUUGUGGCCGCGGAUAAGUUGGAUACUACCAAGCCGAUUAACGACAUCGGAGUUGAUAGUAUGCUGGCUGCCGAGUUCCGAGGGUGGUUAUUCCAGAUUUUCCAAGUGGAUGUUCCUUUCUUGACCUUACUCUCGAACACUACCACACUGCUCUCACUUGCAGAACUAGUGACUAAAAGUAUAGAGACGGCUUGA